AUGACUGAAAUUUACUUCAAAGAUCCUAUAAAAGCAGCAGCUGUUGCUGUUCUUUCUAUUAUAAUAUUUUUAAGCAUGAAACUUGUGUCUAUUAAACAGGAAUUGCGUAGAGAUUGGUUGUCAGUAUUGAUGAUUGUAACUUCCGCCCGGUCAUCUAUUAACAUCAGGCAUUUGGAGAAAGCUACAGUAUCCACCGGAAAGGAAGGCUUAUUAUCAGAAGGAAAUGCUGCAUACAAUUGGUCCAGGUGUGUUGAUGAACUUGAAUCUCAGUUGUCGAAGCACGGGAGUCUUAAAAAACUAUACUUCUAUCAUCAGCAUCUUACCGCGGUUUUCAGGAACACCAUGUUUGGACCAGAAGGACGUCCUCAACAUUGCUGCUCAUGGCUUGGUGUUGCUAGUAGUUUUCCAGAAUGUGCUUCUGCCAUUGUUCCCGAAGAGAUAACUAAAGUUGGUCGCGAUGCUGUUCUUUAUGUCGAGUCCCUCAUUGAAUCGAUCAUGGGAGGGUUGGAAGGGUUAAUAAAUAUUCUUGAUUCUGAAGGAGGAUUUGGCUCUCUGGAAAUGCAGCUUCUUCCAGAGCAGGCAGCUAUUCUCAUGAAUUUGACAUCCAGAGGUUCACUUCAUUCAGCAAAAUCCCCAAAAGGCGUGUCUGGUUUUCAUUUUCCAGGCUAUGAGAGCUACCCUGAGAAUAAUAAUUCCAUCAAAAUGUUAGAAGCUGCAAUGCAGAGACUGACAAAUCUUUGCUCAGUUUUAAAUGACAUGGAGCCUAUUUGUGUUCUAAACCAUGUCUUUGUUCUGAGGGAGUAUAUGAGAGAAUGCAUCCUUGGGAAUUUCAGGAGGAGACUGCUUGCAGUACUGAAAACUGAUAAUGAUCUUCAACGGCCUUCUGUUCUAGAAUCCCUGAUCCGUAGGCAUACAAGUAUAAUCUAUCUAGCAGAGCAACACAUCAGCAUGGACCUGAUGCAGGGUAUAAGAGAAGUUUUACUAACAGAGGCUUUUUCUGGCCCAGUUUCUUCACUUCACUUGUUUGAGAAACCUGCAGAGCAACAUACUGGCUCAGCCACUGACGCAGUAUGCAGCUGGUACAUUGAAAACAUUGUUAAGGACGUAUCUGGCGCUGGAAUCCUGUUUGCACCACUCCACAGAUGCUUUAAGAGCACAAGGCCUGUUGGGGGAUAUUUUGCUGAGUCGGUGACUGAUCUCAGAGAAUUGAAAUCCUUUGUUCGUAUAUUUGGAGGAUAUGGAGUUGACAGGUUGGAUAGACUGAUGAAAGAACACACAGCUGCACUUUUGAAUUGUAUUGACACAUCAUUGCGAGCGAACCGUGAGGUGCUUGAGGCAGUUGCUGGAAGCCUGCAUUCAGGUGAUCGAAUGGAAAGAGAAGCAAAUAUGAAGCAGGUUAUUGAUACUGACACAGUGGUUGGGUUCUGCAUUCAGGCAGGCCAGGCCAUGGCUUUUGAUUGCCUUCUUGCAGACGCUGCUGGAGCUGUGCUCGAAGAAGGUGCACCUUUGAUUCAUUCAUUAUUAGCAAUGAUUUCUAAGCAUUUGCCUGAUGAAAUUCCUGAGAAGAAGGAAGUUAGGAGAAUGAGAAGAGUGGCAAACAGUGUUGGAGUAGUUGCAGAUCAUGACUCUGAGUGGGUAAGAUCAAUUUUGGAAGAGGUUGGGGGUGCAAAUGAUGGUUCAUGGAGCCUGUUGCCAUAUUUAUUUGCCACUUUCAUGACAUCCAAUAUCUGGAACACUACUGCCUUCAAUGUUGACACUGGGGGCUUCAACAACAACAUCCACUGCUUGGCAAGAUGUAUUUGUGCUGUGAUUGCCGGGAGUGAAUUUGUUAGGCUGGAAAGGGAACAUCAGCAGAAACAAUCCUUUUCAAAUGGCCAUGUUGGUGAGGCAUUGGACCGUGAGAUACAGAAUCAUUUGUCAGCUGAAACAAGCAUAAAGUCCACAAUGCAGUUGUUCGUUAAAUUUUCUGCGGGGAUCGUACUGGAUUCUUGGAAUGAAACUGACAGAUCUCAUCUUGUAGCAAAGCUCAUUUUCCUGGAUCAGUUUUGUGAGAUCUCGCCAUACAUGCCAAGAAGCUCACUUGAACCCCACAUCCCCUAUGCCAUUCUCCGCUCAAUAUAUAGCCAGUACUACUCAAAUUCUCCUUCCACGCCACUGGCAUUAUUAAGUGUAUCACCACACCAUUCUCCUGCUGUAUCUCUAGCACACGCGUCUCCCGUAGUACGGCAUCCUCGUGGCAAUUCAACUCCUCAGUCAAGUAUUAAUGAUUCGGGUUACUUUAAGGCGUCAUCAACCCAUAGCCAUGAUCAGCUAUAUGAUAAUGACAGUGGAAAUAUGCGAAGCAUCGAUAUCAAACAUCGGAACGUGAGGCGGUCUGGUCCAUUAGACUAUAGCUCAGGCCGCAAAGUGAAGUUUGUUGAAGGCUCAACAUCAGGGAGCAGAGGUCCCAGCCCACUGCCAAGAUUUGCUGUGUCAAGAUCUGGUCCUAUAUCAUACAAGUAG